AUGCGCUUGACAUGUGCAGUCUGCUUUCUCGCGCUGUGGUCAGCCGACAGCACUUGCAGCUGUCGCGAUGGCUCCUGCAACGAGGUUUGUGGUGGACUAUGCAACGCAGAGCAAAACAGCAUGACCCAUCAAGAGAUGUGCUGUGCCUGUCCUCAAUGGGAGUGUGCGCAGUCCUGGUCCAAUGGAAAUGCCAGUACUUGCGAGGGGCAUGCUGGCGGUUCCUGUGACUUGAGCUCCUGCAACCAGUGCUAUUCCAAAGCCGUGGCCCUACAAGGCGACACGAUGUGUAAAUCAUACCUGGGCUCGAAGCUGCACGAUGCGAGUGUUGAGGAAUGUGCCCAAAAAUGUACUACACUUGCUGGCUGCGUGUCCUUCGAGUACUGGAGAGACGAGCCGGGCAACGACAUUUGGUGCAGAAUGUGCGAUGACGGGAGCCAUCCGUCGUGGGGUGGGAACGCCAAGCGCCGCAUUAAAUUCCACAAAUCAUCUUGGGAUUGCAGUGAGUGUGGCUGCGCCGGGGGCUUUUGCUUUUGCGAAUGCGACUGGAAAGGUAUUCAUAGACAGCGCACCUGUCAGCCAUGGAGCAGUGCGCCAAAGAAGGUGCUCAUUGCCAUUCCAUGGCUUGUGGCUGCUGCCGCCAUGGCUUGA